AUGGAGUUCACGCCGCCACCAUCCCCGUCGCCAGCGGCCGACGACGAGGCGACGCGGAGGGAGCAGCAGCAGCCGCACCCGCGGGAGGACGCGCCGGCGGGGUUCGUGCCGCCGAUGAGCGCGGCGGACGUGGCGGCCGUGGAGGCGCUCCUCGGGUACGAGUUCGCGGACAAGUCCCUGGUGGGGCAGGCGCUCACGCACGGCUCCUUCUACUACCCGUACCGCCCCGGCGCCGCCACCUACGAGCGCCUCGAGUACCUCGGCGACGGCGUGCUCACCUGCCUCAUGUCCCGCGAGGUCUUCCUCGCCUACCGCGACCUGCCGCCCGGCCCGCUCACGCGCCUCCGCGCCGCCAACGUCGACAAGGAGAAGCUCGCGCGCGUCGCCGUCGACCACGGCAUACACCGGUUCCUCCGCCACAAGGCGCCGCAGCUCGACGGACAGAUUGAUGAUUUUAUAAAAGAAUUAUGCGAAUAUCAGUACCACUCGAAUGGGCUAUUGGAUGCUCCAAAAGUGCUAUCCGACAUAGUUGAAUCUCUUAUUGGCGCCAUAUACCUUGACUCCAACUUCAAUCAAGAAGUUGUUUGGCGGGUCUUUCGAAAUUUGGCUGAUCCACUUAUUAGCCUUGAGACAUUAGGCAGGCAUCCCGUAAGCGAGCUAUUAGAGUUUUGCCAAAAGAAUCGCCGAGGCCUGAAAAUCGUGAAAGAUGGAUGGGAUAAGAAUUUGAAGGUAGAUGUAUUGGUCGACGGUGAGCUAGUUGGAAGCGCGGUUUAUGGUCAAAAGAAGGAGAUAGCUCAGAACCGUGCCGCAAAGGCUGCUUUGGACAAAUUGAAGGAGACACUGGGACAGUGCUCAGUUGAAUCAGCCACAGAAGAAGUUCAUGUGCCCUUGGACAGAUUGGAUCUUGCUGGAGCUUUAGAGAUCCAGUAAAAUGCCGAGACACCAUCUGUGCAACAAAUAGUUUUGCCUGUUUGUUUGUAUUUUGGUUCAUUUUUCCGUUGUAUGUUGUUAAGUUCCAGUGUAAAUAUUUACUUGCGAAUAUCAUACGAUUUGUAUGCCCUUGUGGGCGGGGAAAGCAAGGGUGCAAGUUCAGCUUGAAGUUAA